GGAGCCCUCUCUCCUCCCCGUCGGCAGCCCCCGCCUCCUUUCUCAGGAAGCUCGGGUCUCCCUGGGAGCGGGGCUGCCCUUGGGGGAGGCCUCUUAGCUCUGUGCCCUGCAGCUCCGCUGACAUUCCGGGCCGACGGAAAGGGGCUCGGUGCCCACCGCAUGCACAUGUGCUAGCCCGGGCAGGAGGGAGAGCCUCCGCGGAGGAGUCCAGAAACAGUGGGAGGGAGAGGCUCGCCGCAAUCUCCGCCCGGGCGCCCAGGUCGGCCACAGAGGAGCUGCAGCCUCCAACAGGAAGCCGUGCGUCUCUGGAAUGCUAUCUGCUCUGCUCACUGAUUGAAGUUCCCUGCAUCUCAGCUCUGCCAGGAAAGCAAAGGUUGGCAUCUCUCCGGAGCCAGGCCUGCCAGGAGCGCUGCAUGCAAAUUCGGCGGUGGACUAGGGCACACGAACCAGAGUCAUAGGCAUGGACUUCGUCAUGAAGCAGGCCCUUGGAGGGGCCACCAAGGACAUGGGCAAGAUGCUAGGGGGCGAGGAGGAGAAGGACCCUGACGCGCAGAAGAAGGAGGAAGAGCGGCAGGAGGCGCUGCGGCAGCAGGAGGAGGAGCGCAAGGCGAAGCACGCACGCAUGGAGGCCGAGCGCGAGAAGGUCCGGCAGCAGAUCCGAGACAAGUAUGGGCUGAAGAAGAAGGAAGAGAAGGAGGCUGAAGAGAAAGCAGCCCUGGAGCAGCCCUGCGAGGGGAGCCUGACGCGACCCAAGAAGGCCAUCCCCGCGGGCUGCGGGGAUGAGGAGGAGGAAGAAGAGGAGAGCAUCCUGGACACGGUGCUCAAAUACCUGCCCGGGCCGCUGCAGGACAUGUUCAAGAAGUAACCUGUCCUCCCGCCCUGUCCCCACUCCUUACUUUUUUGUUUGGGUUCUUUCUUUUCUUUUUACUCAGUUAAGUCUCAGUUCUGGAAAACCUCAAUUGGCCUCUGCCCCCCUGCCCUGGCCAGGGGCUUCCCAUUCUCAGCAACCCCUUCAUCCAGGGUAGCCAGCCCCCACCUCACUCCCGAGUCACUUGACAAAGGGAACACAGCUUUUCCCUAGCAGGAGGCAUUCACCCCUGCACGGGAAGCACUGGGGGCCCCUUCCAGAGGCCUGGGGUCUAUGCUAGUGUGGUAACUCCAUCCAUUCCUUCAUGCACCCCACUGCCAGGAGGACCACUGUCCCCAGCCAGCCAAAGUAAUGACACAUUCCAGCCCUGCCCAGCAUGCUGACCGUGGGCCUCUGCCCCCCCCACCCCCCGUGGGCCUCCAGGUCAGGGCAGGCUGUAGUGUGGCCUGGCUCUGGGGAAGGGCGUCCGGGGAAGCCUGCCCUGCGAAGGCCCAGCCCGAGAGGCCCUGCUGUCUUCUGGGCAGGAGCCUGGGGCACUCCUUCUUCCCUCCCCUGAUGACACCCAGCCCAGGAGCACCCCCUGAACCCCUUACCCUAAAGGUGUAGCCCCUGUCAAGCCAGUCCCUCCACACGGAGCCUCUUUGGACUUUAACUCAUCUGUGGGGGGUGCCCAGAGCGGGGCAGCUUCUUUUCCUCUACCCUCCACUUGGGUCCUGGGCCCCACUGCCAGUCUGGGCCCAGCUUGCCCAGCCAAGGGGCUGCCCAGGCCCCCUAGAAAACACUUGGAGCCAUUGGGCAGUGAUGGCCCAUGCCAUGGGACCCCCCUCCCCAUUGGUGCAGCCAAGCUGCCUCCAUUCCUAUCCACCCUUCUUCCCCACCCUGUCCUGCCCACGUGCUUCCAGGACCCAGUGGUCCCCUGGAGGUCCCUUCCUGGACGAAGCCCCAAGCCUUUGGGGAGAAGCCAGGCUCCACUUAACAGAAGGCAUCCGUCCAUUCAUCCCACGGCCAAGAACACACUCUCCUCUGGGAUGUGUGAGGCUCCCACCCCAAAUUGUCAAGGCCUCCUGCUCAGUCGGUUGUAUGAGAACUGGGGGGCCGUGGAGCAAACGAGAGAGGAAAGUGUGUGUCCGUGCAUGCGUGAGUAAGUGGGACAGCAACUGCAGCAACAAUUGCGUGUCCAGCGAUUGCACGCACAGGUGGAAGGUUAGAGUGUGCGUGUGUGUGUGCGACUCGUCAGGCCCGUGUUAGGGGCGGUGUGUGUGCUUGUUUGAGGUGGUGUGGACGAGUUGAGCGUGUCUUAUGUGUGCUAGCCAUCUCAUAGGUGUGUGAGAGUUUGCAGGUGUCAGCUCGUAUUUGCCUGUUUUCAAAACACCCUGCUGUGUCAGGAGGGAUGGUGUGUGUGAGAUGUCGCAGAAAUGUGUGUUUCAGAUUGCUGCUACAUGUGCUGAGACUGCUGUGUGCGUGUGUGUGGCUCUGAAAAGGCUGCUGUGUGCAGAACGUGCAGUUGAGGAGAAAGAACAUGGGUGAGAUGCCCCCUAUCAGCCCCCAAACCAUGGGUCACGAGCAGUCACACCCUACAGGAGACCUUGUUCUUGGCCUACAGUCCUCCUGCCCCUGGGGGUUCCUGCCUGAGUCCUCAGCAGUCCCCUGGGACGGACCCAGGUAAAUGCCCCAAGAAGCCAUGCUGGGUCCCAGCCAGGGCCUACCCAUAAGCAGGGGCCAGGGAGGGGGCGACUUGCCUGACCCUGAAGCCUCUGCCCCAUUGGCCCCUGUUUGCAUUCUGCAGGUUUUCCAUUUUAGUGGAUUUAUGCUUUUAUUUCAGAGAGAGACAUGUGUCUUCUCUGUCCGUUUCCAAUAGUUAAAGCCAUAUCAGUUAGACUGCAAUACUUUAAAGACAAGACAAAACAAUCCAGAUGUUUAGGGAACCAGAAAAGUCCCCUGGUCUGCUCCUUCUCUGGGGAGCAGGGCCCCAGCAGCUCCAGCUCCCUGGACCUGCCCCGCCCCCGCCCUGUGUGCUGCCCCCCAGGGGGCCUAUGUCUGCGCCUGUGUCUGUGAUGGGGAGCCACCUCGCACCCCUGCUGUCCGCUUAUCUGUUCGUGUCUGUUGUCCUGGGCAGGAUGGUCAUUCUCUGGAGCCCUGGUAUCCGAGCAGAGACAGGCAGGACACAGUGCAGAAGCCCCGGCCUCCCAGGCCCAAUUGGAGAACCACACCUGGACACAGGGGUGGAUCCCAGCGUUCAGAAAGGUCUCUACCUGGACGGUGGGGCCAGAGCCAAGAGUGCCACUGGGCAGCAGAGACCGAGGCCUGGGAGCCGCAGAUGAGCAGGAGGACCCAGCCAUGGUGUGCCUGAGGGCGUCCCUGGGGGUCUCUGAAGCUCCUCUGCACUCCAGCGCAGGCUCAGGGCUUUUCCCAUAUGACAGCACCCUCCAGGCUGGCUGGUUCAGCUGGGCACACCUCCCAGCCUCACCAGCCUCCCCCAGCCUGCUCCUGAGCGUCAGGACUGAAGCCUUCCUGGAGGCGGCAAUGGGGACAGUUCCAGCCUGGGGCACACCUGGCUCCAGCCACUGCUAGGGGACCACUCUGAGGUGCAGGGGGGCAAGAAGACUGUCAUUCUUGACACAGAUCUGAUUCUGAAGAGAAGCUUAUGUGUAGCCCAGAGAGGAUGCCAUGUGCAACACAGCCGUGGGAGGAGAAAGUGUGUGUGGAGGGUUCUAGCAAGGAAAGGGUAAGCACCUGGAGGCGUGUGUGGCCGGCUGGAUGGGAGGGGCAUGACACACUUGGGAGGUGGGGGUGAGGAGAGACAGGCCCCUGAACUGAGCACACACACAGCAUACAUGGGAGACGUCCCCCAGCUAGGGAACCAGGAAGAGCGACCUUGUACACAGUGAGAGGAGAGCAGAUGCAAGGGAGCGCGCACCACCCAACAUGGGCCCCCACCAGGCUGUGUCCUGCAAGGUCACCGCCAGAGAAGGGACAGGGCGUCUCUGGGCCUGUCGUGCUGGGCACUGCAGACAGGCCGAGAUUCCCAUGUGUGGCCAUCCUCCGCUCCAGGUCCAGAAGCUCCUGGAGGGGGUCCUUCCCAGCAAAGCCUUGUAGGGUCUCCCCCAAACUCAAGGACGAAGUCAAGAGACCCUCGUAGGUAGGGUGUGUGUGUGUGUGUCAGAUAGAUGAUAGAUGAUAGAUAGAUAGAUAGAUAGAUAGAUAGAUAGAUAGAUAGAUAGAUAGAUAGAUAAAAGAAAGAGAAGGAAGAAGGAGAAGGGGAAAGAGAUGAAGGGGUAUUUCAGCCCAGGGCCCUCAGAUGGGACAGCUGGUGGGCAAAGCAGCCACCCCAAAGGCUAGUGGUUAGAGUGAGUGAAAGGGGAUGGGUCUCCAGCCCCAAGAGCCUCUGGCACCCAGCUGGCAGAGCGGCCCCCACACCACCCAAUUGCUCCACCUUCCAAGGUCCCACGGGUCCUUGACUGCACGGGGGCUGGGGGUCUAACUAAGGACAUGCCUCCCCACACAUGUCCCCUGCUCCCCUCUUCACAGCGGAGAGAUGGGAGGUGCUCGUGCUGGCCCUAGGGUGGGGUCCUAGUGAGACGAGGUGAGGACGACCAACCUGCUCGCGCGGGGGUACCCUUUUCCCACAUCUGUGCUGUGUCCUUGUUGCUCUGCUUCCUUUAAACGUGUCAGUGCCUGGGGGAGGGGAGGGGCACCCCCUCAUGCCCCCCUGAACCUGACCAAAAGCCAUGGCUGUUGCUCCCCCUUUGUAUGACGCAGAUGCUAAGAUGUACCAAACCAACCAUGACAACAAAGAAAAGACCUUGUACAGCA